GUCAAAUAAAUAAUAAAAUAUUUAAAAAAAAGAAAGUAAUACUAAAAUUUAAAACUCAGUGUUAUGUCAAAGAGUCUUAGGUGGUAGCUACACUGGCUUUAUAUUGGCCUGGGCUAACAAAUGGGACUGUGACUCUUUUCUCCAUAGGAAUAUUAUCUUUAGAUGUAAUUUACUUUGUUUUCAUAUCAGCGUUAUUGCCCAACACAUUUAAAAAUAGAGAGAAAUCCAGUUUUGAUUUUAAAGAAUCGGCCUUUUUUCCAGUGUUUAGUUUGCCCUGGGACUAUGAGAGAUUAUGAAGUCAGUAUAUUUGAUUAUAUAGGUAUAGAAGAUGUUAGUAUUUGGAGGUUUUUAAUAACAGAGUUUGUAUUACCUGUGUUUCCCUAAAAUUGAUUCUAGGGCAAGUUGGAAGACCGGAAGCCCUUGAUGGUCUUAUUUGGGGAUGUUGCCAUGCAUUAUAUACUCUCUGCUGCACAGACUGCUGAUGGAGGAGGCUUGGUAGAAAAACACUAUGUCUUCCUGAAGAGACUCUGUCAGGUGUUGUGUGCUCUGGGCAAUCAGCUGUGUGCAUUACUGUAUUUGACUACAGAAUGAGUUUUAAUGAUGAUGAUUAAGGAGGGUGUGGAUUCUGAUGUAGAAACACCAGCAAACUUUGGAAAAUACCUGGAAUCUUUCCUUGCUUUCACAACCCAUCCAAGUCAGUUUCUACGUUCUUCAACUCAAAUGACUUGGGGGGCCCUUUUCCGGCAUGAGAUCCUAUCCCGUGACUCUUUGCUAUUAGCAAUAAUACCAAAAUAUCUUCGUGCUUCUAUGACUAACUUGGUCAAGAUGGGCUUUCCUUCUAAAACAGACAGCCCUAGCUGUGAAUACUCUCGGUUUGAUUUUGAUAGUGAUGAGGACUUCAAUGCUUUCUUCAACUCGUCCCGGGCCCAACAAGGAGAGGUAAUGAGGUUAGCAUGUCGUUUGGAUCCUAAGACUAGCUUCCAGAUGGCUGGGGAGUGGCUAAAGUAUCAGCUGUCAACUUCUGUUGAUACUGGAUCCAUGAACUCUGGAACUGGAGAAGGCAGCCUCUGCUCCAUCUUCUCAUCUUCAUUCGUGCAGUGGGAAGCCAUGACUUUUUUUUUGGAAAGUGUGGUCAACCAGAUGUUUCGGACACUAGAUAAAGAAGCAGUUCCUGUUAAUGAUGGAAUAGAGCUGUUGCAAAUGGUCCUGAACUUUGACACCAAGGAUCCUCUCAUCCUGUCCUGUGUCCUCACUAAUGUCUCAGCACUCUUUCCAUUUGUCACCUACAGACCAGAGUUCCUGCCCCAGGUCUUCUCUAAGCUAUUUUCAUCUGUCACUUUUGAAACUGUUGAAGAAAGUAAGGCCCCCAGAACCCGGGCAGUGAGGAAUGUGAGGAGACACGCUUGUUCCUCCAUCAUCAAGACUUGUCGUGACUACCCCCAGCUCGUACUGCCCAAUUUUGACAUGCUUUAUAACCAUGUGAAACAACUCCUCUCCAAUGAGUUACUCUUGACACAAAUGGAGAAGUGUGCCCUCAUGGAAGCCCUGGUUCUCAUUAGCAACCAGUUCAAGAACUACGAGCGUCAGAAGGUGUUCCUAGAGGAGCUGAUGGCACCAGUGGCCAGCAUCUGGCUUUCUGAAGACAUGCACAGAGUGCUGUCAGAUGUUGAUGCUUUUAUUGCCUAUGUGGGCGCCGAUCGGAAGAGCUGUGACCCAGGCCCGGAGGAUCCCUGUGGUCUAAACCGCGCACGAAUGAGCUUUUGUGUAUAUAGCAUUCUGGGUGUUGUGAAACGAACUUGCUGGCCCACUGACCUAGAAGAAGCCAAAGCUGGGGGAUUCGUGGUGGGUUAUACGCCCAGUGGAAAUCCAAUCUUCCGUAACCCCUGCACAGAACAGAUUCUGAAACUUCUUGACAAUUUGCUUGCCCUUAUAAGGUGAGUUGAAAUAAUGGUU